UAGCUUUGCUCCUAAUGUGCCUUUACGAGCACUGUUUAGAUCAGUGAAUUUUAACUCGCUAUGUUGUAAUAUUUUUAAUGAAACGUUAUUUUUAAACAAUUAUACAGGAAGUUUAUGCAUCAGUCCUCUGUGAAUGAUAUAAUAAGCUUUAAGUUAAGUUACUUCUAGAACUGCCGCCGGAAUCACUGUUUAGUGCUAAUAUAAUUCUUUUCAGAACAUAUGAAACGAAUUGUUGGAAUUUGGGAUACUUUUAUUUUAACACAUCCACCUGCAUUUUGGUUCCGAAAACACCAAACCUUCAGACGGAUGUUCGGAGAUCGUCAGAGACCUGGUUCAGUAUCGGAAGUAACGGAUCAGCUGAUCGAUCUAUAUACUCGACAGAAGCUCAUGUCUGGAUCAUGUCGAAAGUGGCAAAUGAUACCUUCGUCCGGCCGACGCGAUGGAGACAUCCCGUUUACGCUUAUGAGUUACAACAUAUUAGCUCAGGAUUUACUCGAAAUGCAUCCGUAUCUGUACAAUCAGCACGAUUCGGUAGCUCUAGCGUGGGCACACAGAUAUGAUAGACUGAUAACCGAGAUCAAUACCAUCAACCCGGAUAUACUCUGCUUGCAGGAACUUCAGGAUACUCACAAAGAACAGUUCAGUAGAGGCUUGACUAAUUUUAAAUACGACGUUAUUUACAAAAAACGGACUGGUUGUAAGACAGACGGAUGUGCUAUCUACUAUCGACGAGAUAUGUUCAAUUUAAUCGAUUCUCAAGGUGUUGAAUUUUAUCGGCCAGAUGUGAAGCGCCUAGAUCGUGAAAACGUCGCAAUCAUUGCAAAAUUUGAGCUGAAGUCGAACCCUAGCCAGCACCUUGUAGUUGCUACUACACAUCUCUUAUAUAAUCCUCGCCGGCAAGAUAUUCGUCUAGCACAGAUUCAGGUAAUGCUUGCCGAAUUAGACCGUUUCUCCUAUAAAGGCAAAUACAGCAAUGGUACGCCCAGCUAUACGCCAACCAUAGUUUGUGGUGAUUUCAAUCUGGAGCCAUACACUGCUCCGUACAUGUUAUUAACUACCGGCUUCUUACAAUACGAAAAUCUAGCUGGCAAUACGCUGGAACCUGGAGGAAGUGGAGCUCCUUUAGGUAAAAUAUUGCUUCCUUCAACGCUUGGAAUUACUGACGACUGCCGUCAUCAAUCUUUGCUCAAACGGGGAAACAAUGAGAGUAAUGUUAGCAUCAGGUUGCAACAUGCCAACGAAGUUUCGCCAUCAAAUGAACCGAAAGUAAAAUGUACAGCAACGGACAAAUGCUUCAACCAAGGCACGUUGAAACAUCGCUUUCGGUUUUGCUCGGCCUACCAGCACAGAAUUGGCACGAAAAAACAAGAAGCUUCAACAUUUCAGGGCACUUGGAUUACCGUAGAUUAUUUAUUCUAUACAAAGUUUUACAAAACUAGUGAAGUUGAUUCUGUCAAGAGCAACCUGAAAUUGGCGGCCGUUUAUUCACUGCCAACGGUGCCACAGGCAAGGGGUAUUUCCUCUAUACCAAAUAUGUACUUUGGCUCAGAUCAUUUUGCACUGGCCGCGAAAUUCCUACUGAGACCUGACGAAACAGCUAAGCUGUAACUCUCGUGUUUUCUUGUGUUUGUUACUUUUAAAUUUCGGUCGUUACGAAUAAAAAAUACAUUGUAAGGGAUGUUUUAAGUUAAA